AUGUCGUCGACCCACACAGCCUCCGCGACUCAAGCGGAGCUAGAGUACCUGGUUUACUCUGUUCUUACCUGCCGUCGCCAGUUCAUCCACCUGGUCGGACAUCUCUUGGGCGAGCUACGAGCCUCCCGAGCCUCUCGAGCCAGCUCCGCGACCACAAUCUCCAUGGAUCUGCACGAACAUAUCGGAGGGGCUCUCCAGGCCUCGGCUGCCACCUCGUCACCCGGGGCGUAUCAUACCCCUCCAAAAUCUCCUUCCAAGCCUACCACUCUCCUCGACAUGAUCGCCGCCGAGACCUCCCCUGGGUGUAAGCGAAAGCGCUCCAUCACUCAUAUCGGAAGCAUCUCCAUCGCAUCCAUCACUCCUUCCGCAAAAUCUGCGCUCGAUAUUUCCUGCUCGACUAUAUAUAGCGGGACCUUGGCGAAGGGGGCCGGUGACGGAAGGAAGGUGGUCACGAGGAAGCGGAUCGGGCUGGGGCGGUUGUUUAAGGGGCUGGGGGUGCAGGGCGGGUGUGUAGAUGCGGAUGGGGCGAGCGAUGGGAGCGGGAGCGGGAGUGGGAAUGGGAGUCAGGAAGACGAGAAGAUGCAGGAUGAGUCGGACGAAGACUCUGAUAGUGAUGAUGACGAUCUGGUGGUGAUCAUCUCUGGUUAG